UAAUUUUAAAUGAAUUAGUCAUGGGACCACACACAUGGCAAAGACUCCUUUCCUUUCUCUGGCUUUGAACAUCGAACCUUCCUCACGUCUCUUACAUGACUGAUCUCAUCAUCUGCUUCACUUCCAUCAUCAUCCAACGGCUCACAAUUAAAAAAAGCAUUCCAACGGCUGCCUUUCCCCUGCACCCGCCUGCACCCUACCAUUUCCGGCAUCUCCCACCCCCCAAAUUAAAUAAAAAACAAAAAAAGAAACGCUUUCUUUUUCAGACCUCUCUUUCCUUUUUCUGUUCAUCUCUCCCUCCUCUGAUCUCUUCUCUCACUUAAUCUCUAAGCUCGAGAGAGAGAGAGAGAGAGAGAGAGAUUCUUCUUCUCUGCAUUACACUUCCAGCGAAGGUUUCAACAACAUCAAAGCGCAUUCCUCGUGACCAACUCUUCCUUCUCCUCUCUUUCCCUCUCUCUGUUUCAGACAACACAGCCCUCGCUGUUCUGAUUUGCCUCGCUUUUCCCCCCUUCCCCUGCUUUGAGCUGGUUAUUACCAGCAGCCGGCGCCGGGAGGAGAAAGAAAGAAGGUAAGGAUGACCUCCGACGGGGCGACGUCGGCGGCGGCGGCAGCAGCUGCGGCGGCGAGGAGGAAGCCGUCCUGGAGGGAGAGGGAGAACAACCGGAGGAGGGAGCGGCGGCGGAGGGCCAUCGCCGCGAAGAUAUUCACUGGGCUCAGGGCUCAGGGGAACUACAAUCUGCCCAAGCACUGCGACAACAACGAAGUCUUGAAGGCCCUCUGUCAGGAAGCUGGAUGGGUCGUUGAGGAAGACGGCACUACUUAUCGCAAGGGAUGCAGGCCUCCACCGCUUGACAUUGUUGGAACUUCAGCGAGAGUGACUCCAUACUCAUCUCAGAACCCAAGUCCAAUGUCGUCUUCAUUCCCAAGUCCCAUUCCGUCUUACCAAGUCAGCCCUUCAUCUUCAUCCUUCCCAAGUCCAACCCGGACCGAAAACAACCACCACCACCACCCACCAUCCUCCUCCAUGUUCCCCUUCCUAAGAAACUCCAUUCCUUCAUCUCUGCCACCUCUCAGAAUCUCCAACAGCGCUCCUGUCACCCCGCCUCUCUCCUCCCCGACUUCCCGAAACCCUAAGCCGACGAUCCCCACCUGGGAGUCCAUCAUGGCAAGACAAUCCAUGGCCACAUUCAACUACCCCUUGUAUGCUGCCUCUGCCCCAGCUAGCCCGACUCAUAGACAGUUUCAUGCUGUUGCUCCGGCUACGAUACCCGAGUGCGACGAGGUAUCCGAUACUUCGACGGUUGAGUCGGGGCAGUGGAUCAGCUUCCAGAAGUUCGCCCCUGCCAUGGCUGCUGCAAUGCCGACAUCUCCGACUUAUAACCUCGUGAAGCCACCGCCGGUGGUCCAGCAGAACCUGUCUCACGACACGAUCAUGGUCGAGAACGGGAGGACGAUGAUGGAGUUCGAGUUUGGGAAUGGCGAGCAGGUGAAGCCAUGGGAAGGUGAGAGGAUCACUGAGGUGGGGUUGGAUGAUCUUGAGCUCACUCUUGGGAAUGGGAAAGCCAGAGGUUAAGUGGAAGAUCAAAAGGCCUGUUGUCACAGUUCUUGGUUCCCAAAAAGUAUAAGCAAGCACUCAAUCUGAACUUCCAUACAGUGAGAGACCUAUGAAGAACAAAUGCAUCAUCCUUGGGAACCAAAUCCUUGGGGGGUUCUGGUUGAAGAACUGAACUUCUCUUAUCUAUGAGCUUCUUCUUCAUGGUUUACAUCUAGUUUCCUGUCUUUUCUGUUUUAGUGUUUCUUUUCAAUCGUUUUUGAUGGUGAUGGAAUUGGUUUGAGGGAUGGUCUUUAUUACAAGCAUAUUACUUGUAGAUAUUGUGGGUUGGGAUAUUAUGAUGAUGAUCAUGGUGGGGGGAAUUGGAGGAGUUACUGUUACUCCCUCUAUUGUAGACCUUUUUUUUUCCUUUUAACUUUGUAGACUGAUGAACCCAGAAAUGAGAGGAGGCAAAAGAACAACCCUUUGGAGGAUAUUAAUUAAGAGAUUAUAUUAGUUUGCUGUUGCUGUUCUUGUUACCUUUUGCUUCACUUUUCUCCUAUGCCACAAAUUCUGCUGUUGAGGAUGAUGGUGUUGCUGUUACUAUUACCUUGUCGUGUUCUUCAUUGUGAUGAUGUUCAGUUUCCACCUUUGUGUUUCAUGUCGAUAAGCUCCUGAUGUCACUCACUCUGUUCUAUCCAAGUUGCCAUUUGGAAGAGAAUGCUUAAUUACUCGGCUGUGCAUUGAAUUCAAAACCAUCUUUCCCUGAAGUCUUGUAAUGGAUAAAAAGACGAUGAUGUGAUAUCUCCAUCCAUGGAACAUGGAUGGAGUGGGUAGGAGAGGAAGUAGUGAGAAACGGGGAAUAGUAGGCCGACAAAGCCCACGUUCAUUCAUGGAGAAGAAAGAUACAUUUCCAUUCAAUGCUCUGCUGAGUGAGAACUGAGAAGGGAGUUUGAAGGAAAAUCUUUAGGUGUUGUUGUUUAUAUUAAAGAUGAUGGGGGAGGCUAAGGUGAGGAGGUGGGUCGGGUCGGGUCUCUAUCCGUUAUAUCUUUUUUCCAAUUCUGAUUUUGCAUUCCAUUUGUCAUUUUGGUGCAUGUGGCUUGCCCCCCCUACCAUCAUCGUCUUCCUCUAUUAUUAACUUCCUUUAGGUUAUAUGAUUCGUUAAGAAAAUUGAAUUUUAUUUUAUGGUGAUGAAUUAACGCUUCCACUUUAAAGAAAUGUGGAAAAUUUAGAGUAGAUUGGAUAUUAUUAUCUCUUAUGACUUAUCAUGUCAACCUUCUAAAGUUGGUUCGUCAUUUAGUUACGUCUUGUAUGAUCCUAAAUAAACAAGGUGUUCAAUAAAGAUAUGAAAGUUCACGUUCAAAUUUCGAUAGUCAACUAGUAAAAAAUUGUCGAGUUCAACUAAAGCUCGAUCAGUAUCAAGGUAAACUUCAAAUUUACAACAACUUAAGUAAUCAGACUACCAAUUGUAUGAAGCUAGCGACAAAAGGUAACAUUAAGUGGAAGAGAAAAAACAAGCUAAUAUGCUACAUUAUACGCUUAGUACUCUUGCUGCAAUGUGUCUCCAUGUCGUAAUUGGGGGAAGAAGGGGGGAGGGGAUAAAGUCUUAUCGACUGUUCUAAUUCAUAAAUUUGGGUCUUACCUAUAUUUUUUUGGGGGGAGGGGGAGCUACAGCCCCUCCUAAUUCAACCUAGUUCCCCCACUGAUUUCAAGCCAAUUGAGAAGCUUCCAUCUUCGAGUCCUGUUUGCUUAAUUAUGGUAUACCUAUGGUAAGAAAAUUAUAUCUAGAUAUCGAAUUAAUUGGAUGUUGGGGUAUGAUAUUAUAUUGUAAUCCUUAAUGAAUGAACGCAAGGUCCUAAUUAUGUAGAUCAUAAACACUAAACCCCAAGAUGGUGCAUGUAGUUUGUUACAUGUAUUUCGAUGAAAAUUUAUCUUAGCUUAUAAGAUUUAGAGAAAUAAGAUAUAAAUUUCAAUCUUUAAC